CACGUCUCUGUCUUCAGUACUCUUACCAAGAUUUACAAUGGUUCUCUGAAUUAAAUACAUAAAUGCUGAGUCCUUUUGUCGGUUUGCAUGUAAACACUGGACAGACUGGAUAUUGCAGACUAUGGAUGCAGCUGUAAUAGAUGGCCUCCUUAUGGGACAUCCAUUCAACAUUUCCCUGGAUUUAAAAGAACGAAACACAGUUUACAAAAUGCAGAGCUCUGACUGGUGCAUAUUUCUCGUCAUGUCAUGAGCUGCUGCCUGGACCUGUAGCAACUAGCUGGCGCAGCACUCCACAGUUGAGUCAACGUUGCAUCUGCGAAGCUGAGACAGCGGCAUCUCCAGUCUGCUGUUAGACAGAUGCGAUGACAUAGCGACUGGACCCGCUAACGUCACCUUGACACCUAGAUGAGACUGUGUCAUUCUUUAGUCGUCGAUUUGCUGUGUUGUAAUUAGCUGUUUGCUUAAACUGGCUAGAUCGCAGGCUAGUCAUCGAUGCUCUUAGUGAGCUGCAAUCAUAUAGAUCUAACUUGCUGCAAGCUAGCGUUAGCUCGCUGCUGCUACGCUUCAGACAUUGAAGUGGCCACAUAAACAUGCGGAUCAUCGAGGCGGAGACCCCUGGGACAUCUCUAACGUUAAACGCUUUCUGCAGGACACGAGUUUCGACUGGUCGCUGACUGGAAUCUGCAGAGUAUCUGUGUAAAUGUUUCAGAGGGGAAAGAGUGACAGAUCUCAAGGACCAGAUUGCCCACUGAACUUUUAGCCUCUCAGACAGAUCACCAGGGACCAUGCUGACCAUCCUAGCUGCUGGAUCUGUGUUCUUUCCAGGCCUUUUCCUGCUGUCCAAACAAUGCCUGAAGUCAAUCCCCGCGCUGAGGUGGAGCGAAAGAGAUGCAGUCAUAGUAUCUGCCAGGUUGGUGUCGUCAGUUCAGGCAGUCAUGGCUUCUUCAGCUGGCUACAUCAUUGCUUCUUCCUGCGAGGACAUCAUCGAGGACCAGCAUUGGCUGACUUGCACUUACAUCAUGUUUGCAGUUCCCUACUUCGUGUAUGACAUCUACGCAAUGUUCAUGUGCUACUGGUACAAGCUACAGGUCAAAGGGCACGAGGAGGCGUCGGCUGUACCCCAGCACAUGAGCUCAGCACUGGCCAGCUACUUGCGUCGCGAGUUCCUGAUGGUUCUGCACCAUGUUGUCAUGGUCACUGUCUGCUUCCCUGUCUCUGUGUUUUUGCGACAAGGAAAGGGAGAUUAUUUCCAGGGUAUAAUGUUCAUGGCUGAACUCAGCACUCCAUCUGUCUGCUUAGGAAAGAUACUCAUCCAGUACAAACAGCAACACACUCUCCUGCACAAAGUGAAUGGGGCUCUUAUGCUGAUCACUUUUUUCAUCUGUCGAGUCCUCCUCUUCCCUUACCUCUACUACGUCUAUGGAAGGUACGCAUCCAUUCCAUUCCACAUGGUUCCCCUGACGGUGCCCUGGCACUGUAACCUUGGCGCUGCUCUGCUCAUGGCUCCCCAGCUCUAUUGGUUCUCCCUAAUUUGCAGGGGCGCCCUGCGACUAUUCAUGGGCACUUCCCGCUCUCAGAGACCACAUGCGAGCACAGCCACAGCCAAGGAGCGGCAGACGGAUGGCAACGCACUGCCCCAGCCUUCCAACGGCUACAGCGCGCGCUCCACAGAGCCCGAGCUGGCCACUCACUGAGAAGAGUGGAGGGGGGGAGGGGGGAGGGAAAGGAUGGCGAAUGUACCAAUGAGUAUGUAAAGGAAAGAAAGCUUGUGAGGGAAAAGUAAGACUUGAAACAAGUAGCAAUAUGAGAAGGAAAAAAAAAGCUACAGCUGAUGGCCUCAAAUAGUACUGAAGUGUUUACGUCCAGUAGUCGAACUCUUAACAGCUAAAUGUUUGGUUGCUGGCCUUCAAGUACUUCAGCUGCUUGAUUUGUAUGAAACUAGAGUGUUAGUGCACUAAGUAUUUAAAGAUGUCAUCAUGCACUGUGACAGACAGUAACAUGCACUGACUUGAGAGGAAUUUGCCUGGAUGUAUAGUAAGGAUAGGUCACUAUCUCCCUCAUGUAGAUCAAAUUCAGUCCUCUCUGCCUCACGGUAUAGGAAGAGAAGGACAUUAGGAAUGUAUUAUAUUGUAUGUUAGAACAUUUGCUGUAGAUGGAAGGCCUGAUUCAGUUUAGUAAUGAAGAAGACCUUCAAAAAAGAAAAAAAAAAUAAUUCCGGCUAAGCAGUAUUUGACUUGUUAGUGUUUAUUAUCUGUAUCCUCUAUGUAGUCACUGUCACUCUAACAAAAUGUAACCAACCUGCAGACUGACUCACCUUUAGAAGGGAGUUCAUCUCAAAAGACUGUAUUCUGCUGCCUUAUCCCUUAUCCCCACAUUCUUUGCAGUUUCUUUACGUUUUUUAUUUAGUUUUACCCCCAGAGGAGAAGGACGAGGCUCCCUCAGACAGAAAAAUGUGACGGGUGUACAUAGCUGAUGUAAAAUUUGUCCUUAUUUCCAUCUCAGUAUUAGGUCAAUGUUCAUUUCUUUUUUCUUUUUUUUUUUUUUAGGUUUUGUCAAUAUUACGGCAUUUUAGCAUUAAAACAAAACAUUUCACAGUUUUACAGUUAAGUGUAUGCAAACUUCCCCCAAAUGUUACGGCAGCGCUUCUUGUUUCAGUGUAGAUAUGACCUCAUUCCAUUUACUGGUAUCACAGUGUUUUUUCAUUCAUUGAAGUGAUGCACAGUAGCAGUCACUUUUAAUAUGACGUAACAGGGUUUUUAUUUUUUCUUCUUUUAGUUUGGUGCUGAUGUUAAUCUCACAAUAUCCAUUUGAUUGGCUGAUUCUUGAGAUUUUGCUAUUUACAGCAUUGUUAGAGGACCUCUAAUAUUACAGUUUGAAGGGAAACAAAAAUAAUCUUACAGGGAAGCAUUCUCUGGUGGUUGACAUGCAGCACAUUUGUCCAUGGCAACUUGAUUUUGAUUAAUUAAGUGUAUGUAUUGUUUAAACCUUUCAAAUUGUGUGAUGACUCAUUAAGCUGUUUAUUUGAGACACUGGUUCCAUGAACCUUCUGUGAACAAACCGGCUAGUUUUAUCAUUUUAUGUCUGUUUAAAGCUUCAUUGUCCUAGAAAUGGGUCUAAAUU